UGAAGUGAGCGCUGUGUCUCUGAGAGUGAUUUGGAUAAGACGUGCAGAGCGGGGAAGGAAAGAUACUUUUUACAGCUUUAACCACAGAUAAAGAGGUUUAUUUGUACAUGCAUUGAGACACAGGUGAAGUUUUUUUUCUUUUUUUUUGGCGGACACAUAUUUUUCUCAACUCCAAAGUUUCAGAAAAGGGAGUUUUUUUGGCAGAGGAAACCGUGACUGGCAGUGGUAGUCUUUAUACAGUCUCGGACAUCUUUUAGCGAUGUUUGACAAGCAGCAGUACGAGAGUCCACCUGUCUACAGUCCUCCUUUCACCUCACCAUCCAACCAUGGCUUUGUUCCACCAGGCAGCUUUCAUGCUCCUCAGAGUGAUUACAACGCGUACCCACCUCCACCGGGGUCCUACUACAUCGAGGAGAAACCUCAGCACUUCUACAAAUGGCGGUCGCCACCCGGACUUGUCAAAUCCAUGAUGGCCGUGGUGGUUGUGCUGUGUGUGGCGAUAUUUGCCUGCGUGGCCUCCACUCUCAUGUGGGACAUUCAGUAUGGAUAUGGAAUGGGAACGGGUUAUUACGGUUCUGGGAUGGGCUACGGCAGUGGCUAUGGUGGUGGCUACGGCGGCGGUUAUGGCGGUGGAUAUGGCGGCGGCUACAGCAACUACGGCUCUUCCUACAUUUCACCUUACUCAGCCAAAACUGCCAUGAUUGCCAUGGCAGCCAUCAACUUCAUAGGGGCGCUGUCUUUCUUCAUCGCUAGCUUCUCUAAGUCCUACGCCGUCCGCGGCAGGAAGUUCUUUCUUGCUGUCCUGGUAGCCAGUAUCAUUAUGGGCGUCCUGCAGGCCAUCAUAAACAUUGUGUAUAUUGUCGGGGUGAACCCAAUGGCCCAAGGAUCCUCCAGUAUGAUGUACAAUCCGAUGCUGAUGAUGUGCCAGAACCUCUACCAGACUGGCUAUUCCCAGAUGGGAGGAGUGGGAGGUUUCCCCAUGUACAACCAGUACCUCUACCAUUACUGCUUUGUUGACCCUCAGGAGGGAGUAGCCAUGGUGUGUGGAUUCCUGAUUGUCAUCGCCUUGGGUGUUGCAGCUUUCUUUGCUCAGAAAACCAGAGGGAAGAUCUGGCGCUACGGGAAACCCAACAUCUACUGGGACAGGCCUCUUGUUGGUGGGAAGGCCUCAGAGGGCAGAGAUGUAGAGGACUGGGUGAACAAUGUGGAGGAAAGCCGCAGCAUUCAGGACGCCCCUACCCUGUUGGUGUCAGAGAAAGGGGCCGGACUGCUCAACGCCUCGGCGAACAGUGUCAUUUCUUACCCCCCAGCCAAGGUGGACAGCAGCUCUUUUAAUGAGGACACAUAUGACAACAACCAAUACUCGGAAAGGACCACCAGCCGACCAUCAGAGGUGUUCUCCCAUGGUGGAAGGACCAGCUCCAGUCCUUCAGAAGAGACAGGCGGAGGCCGUAAACCCUCUGCCAACAGGGGCAAGAGACGCAGACGUAACCCUGAGCUGGAUGAGUCUCAGUAUGAGACGGAGUACACCACAGGAGGAGAGACAGGCAACGAACUCGACGCAGAGGAGUGGGAGAGCAUUUAUCCGGAUAUAACAACUGAUGAACAGCGUCACGAAUAUAAGAGAGAGUUUGAUGCCGACCUCAGGGAGUACAAGCGCAUGUGUGCGGAGAUGGACGACAUUAAUGAUCAGUUAAACAAACUCAGUCGGCAGCUGGACACACUGGAUGAGUCUUCUGCCAAAUACCAGGCUGUAGCAGAGGAAUAUAAUCAACUGAAGGACUUGAAGCGGACACCAGAAUACCAGUCUAAGAAGAAAGAGUGUCGCAGGCUGAGACACAAACUUUUCCACAUUAAACGCAUGGUGAAGGACUACGAUAAGACCCACUAAUGAAUCCACUCAAGACUCCGCUUUCACAGACAGCUGGACGCCACGGUCCACAAGCCAAGAUACACUCCAAAAUACUAGACUCUGUGAAAAGGCUGAGACCAAAGUUACCUGUAAAGCGCCUGCACUCACUGGACACAGAUGGGCACACAAACACGCAUGCACACACACACACACACACACACACACACACACACACACACACACACACACACACACAGAGGAACACACUGUAAGUUUGCGCAGCUAUCCUUUGCAUUGCAUUGACUUCCGUUCAUUGUGGACACCUUAAUUCAAACCCAAACCUUAACCAGGACCUCAGAAAUGACCUUUUGCCUUGUUAGGACCAGGCUUUGGUCCACAUGAAGACUACUGGUCCUGACAAGGUUGGUGAGGUUGGUGUUUAUGGUCCCCCUGAGUUAACAAAAACAUGCGCACACACCCACUCACAAACACACACACACACACACACACACACACAGAACAUACUGUAUGUUAAUAUUAAUGAUCCAGACUUGAGUUUUCCUUCACUCUGAUCAGAACUGGAUGAAAGACUUUUUAGGGAGAAAUGGGAGCAGCACUUUGAGCUGCAGCCUCUUCCACUGCAAACACUGCCAUUGUAUUUAAGGGUCAGCUCAUUGUUGUCCGUGUGCAGCCACCUGUAAAGAUCAGAGGGUGUGGUUGGAGAAAGGUUAUCUGAAAGUCACCUGUGCCCGGUUUCUGUUGCUCUGUUUGCUCUCUAGUUUGGCAACUGUUCCGUGUUUUAUCUCCACAGAUAAGAGUCGGAGCAGUAAUGGGUGAGACGGGUUGCCGAGGUUAACAACAAAUAUGUUUUUGUGUAACCCUUUGCAUGGCAUUAACUUUGUCAAAAGUGAAGUCUUGUGCUUUUCUCAUCUCUGUGUCAGUGCUCGUAACUAAUGUCAGUAUCAACAACGUUGAUGACCUAUGUGUAUUCUUCUAAUGUACUGGCUUUAUGUCGACACUAAGAUUUUGAUACUGAAUAUCUAAAUAUAGAUGCAGUGAGACCAAAAGGGGGCAUAAUGGCCAAUUGUAUAUACUUUUAACAGACCCUGUUUAUAUUAUAUACAUAUUAAAACAAUUGUUUAUGUACUGCAGGAAUCAAAAGAACACAUUUACAGUAUGUGUCUGUGUAUUAGGUAAUUAGCAUCUGUGAUGACAUUAUCUGUUAUUUGUACAUACUAAAGACACACAAAGGCUUGUUUUUAGUCAGUGGGCAUUUAAAAUGUGCCGAAGCUAUGAAGUAAAUGAAUAAACACCCGGACUGCUUUUACAUUUUUUGUUGUACAUCCUCACCAAACAUGAAAACAUGUCUCUAACUGUUUCUGACUGUCUUUAAGCUCAUAUUCUCAUUAGAUUCCCUUUUGCCCAAUGAAAAUGAUCACUUGCUGAUUUCAUGUGUGGUAACUUUGUAUUAAUCCACUUCAUGUGCAAAAAUGUUAUGAUCUUGUGUAUCAUUUCAAAUUGUCUUGACACCCUUAUGAAUUGUCAUGCAUUUGUAUUUCUAUGAAGAACAUUGUUGUCAUUUUACAAACCAUUUACGAGCCAUUUAUUUUUGUAUGGAUUUAUUUUCUCUGAUGCUAUUAUAAUGGACCUUUUUUUUGUAACUGUGUACUUCCGCAAAGUAUGAUGUCUAAAAAGUAUUCAAUAAGUAAUAAACAUUUCUAAUUCUCUAAAA